AUGAAUCAUGCACCAGAUGACACAGCUCAAAAUAUUCGUGCAGGACAAUCUGAUCCUAUGUCUUCUACUUCUACGGAGCCAAAUACAGAUUUAUCGUUUGUCGAAACCGUAACGGUUACUACGGAAAAACCAUCCCUCCCAUUCCAGAUAUCGCAGUAUUUUAUCACGGAGCUGGAUCCUCGACGUGCAGAUGUUAUACUUAUUAUUUGUGGGUUUGUCGGCGGCCUAGUUGAUGGCAUCUCUUUUAAUGCGUGGGGAAGUUUCUCGAGCAUGCAAACAGGAAAUACCGUUUUCCUUGCUUUGGGUGUCUCCGGUCAACCUGAAUAUCCAGCCUUUCUGUGGGCCAAGUCCUUAAUCGCCUUAACUGUCUUCCUCUCGGGCAACGUCUUCUUCAUCCACCUAGGCCGUGCACUAAGACCACUCCGACGAUCUACACUGAUUCUUUCAUUCGGAAUACAGACUGCCGCUCUGGUCAUUGCAGCAAGUGUGGUGCAGGCUGGAAUCGUUAGCCCCAAACCAGAAGACCCCCGGGCGCCCAUUCAGUGGAAUCAGAUUAUACCCAUAACUCUUCUCGCAUUUCAGGCAGCUGGUCAGAUCGUCGCAUCACGCCUUUUGGCUUUUGAUGAGAUUCCAACUGUUGUCCUAACGACCCUCUUAUGUGAUCUUUUGGUCGAUACGAAUCUAUGGACAAGGCCGUGGUCGGCGAACCCCAAGAGAAAUAGGCGAGUCGCCGCUUUCUUGGCGCUAUUCUUUGGUGCCAUGACCGCUGGAGGCCUUUCCAAGACCACAAACAUGGCAAGUAGUCUGUGGCUUGCGGUUGCUCUGAAGGGCUCUAUCACUUUGUCGUGGUUUAUUUGGAGAGAUACCCCUAGUCCUGCAAAGUCCAAGCAAGGCUCGAACGACAACUCUGUCUAG